AUUAUGUAUUUUGCGAAAAUAUUCCAUCUGAAUUGGGAAUACGUCGUUGAAAUAAAAGCGCUUAACAACUCAAAUAUUUCUACUUCCGCUACACGAGAUUCUAUUUCCGGCGUAGAAGAAGACCACAACUGCUUCUGAGCCAACAAGCCCAAGACGAACCUCCAUAAACAUCUAAAGAAUAGGCAUGAGUUUAGAUCAAGACCAGCAACUUCAUUCUGGUUGCCAUGACAAAACAACACUCGGUCUCGACUCAUCAGACAGCUGUGAGCUCGCCAAGCAGCCUCUCCAAGGUCUUAAAUUGGCAUCCCACAAAGUGCUGGAGACAGCGCAGCAGACUGGCAGGUUGAAAUGUUCUAAAUGUGGAGGAUCAAGGAUGUUCUUCUGCUACACAUGCUGUUCAUUAGUGGGUGUCAGCAUCCAAGAAAUUCCCAUCAUCAAGCUUCCUGUGAAGAUAGACAUUAUCAAACAUCCUAAUGAAACAGAUGGGAAGAGCACUGCCAUUCACGCCAAGAUCCUUGCUCCAAAUGAUGCCACCAUAUACACCUAUCCAUGCAUUCCUGAGUACGAAAAGGAUAAAGUAGUGCUGGUGUUCCCUGGCUCUGAGGCCAUCUCAGUGAAAGACAUUCUGCGUUGCUUAGGUGACAGGAGGACGACGAAGUUGCACGACCAUUUUGAUGAACUCCGUCCAAAGAGGUUGAAAAUUGAAGAAGUUGAGGAGGGGACUCAGGCUGCCAAGAACCCCGAGGCAGAGGCCACAGAUGAAGAGUCAAAGGUGUUUCCCUUACAGAGGGUGGUCUUCAUCGACAGUACAUGGAACCAGACCAACAAGAUCAUCACAGACGAAAGGCUGCAAGGUCUGCUCCAGGUAGAACUGAAGACGAGAAAAACAUGUUUCUGGCGCCGUCAGAAGGGCAAGCCAGACACUUACCUCUCAACCAUUGAAGCCAUUUAUUACUUUCUCCUGGAAUUCCACCAGUCCUUCCUCGCCCAGGAAUACAAUGGAGAAUAUGAUAACCUUCUCUUCUUCUACUCCUAUCUGCACUCAGUCAUCAACAAAGCUAAGACUUCUGCAGCGAAGUGCAAAGAGCAACUGUGAGGAAAAACUGGAGUCAGCUCCAAGAGACUGAACUGAAGAAGAAGAAGAAAAUAUAUUGAUUUUUUUUUUAACUCUGCAUCGUCAUCAGUUGGAUGAGUCCAUGUAGAGGACUUGACCAUACCGUUGUCAUUAAAAGGGGAUUUGAUGCAUUUGAGUUUUCAUAUUCAGUGAAGGAUUCAAUGGAAAUCCAAAAGUUGCAAAAAAGUUAAAAUAAAAUAAAAAAAGUUUUAAGAGCUUAGUUUGUCCACACAUGUAAAGAGUGAGUGUGGAGAAGUUUGUGAACCCAGAAGAUCAUUGUGGAGACUUUGUUUAACCCUUUUGUUAUCCUAGGCAUGCUUACAUUAAAAGUGGGGUCAUCUGGACCCCACAAGACAG